GGAACCAAAGGUAACCAUGAUCCUGCUGGACAAAUUGAGUGAUUUUUCUUACUUGCCUGGCCACACCAGUGAAUAUCUACGCCAUUAGAUUAAAACGGGGAUUUGAAUAAUAAGAAGUCCUCCUAUUUGGAUUAUGGUAUACAGGAUUACUCUAUCCGUGACGCAGCAGAAUAAGCAGACAGUGCGCAAUCUGGUGGCAAACGGUCCAAAGAGAGCGCUGCUAAGCAUGUUGCGUUUGCCUGUUGCGAGUCGCAGUCUCUUUCCAGCAGCCAUUGCCAAAGGAGGCGCGGCUGCAUCUCACAAUGCUCGCAGUGCAUCCACAGCAACAGCAGCUUCCAUUAACCUCCUGGAGGUGUUUGUGGAUGGGAAGCCUAUCCUAGUUGAGCCAGGAACUACUGUGUUGCAGGCAUGUGAGAAGGCAGGCAUGCAGAUUCCACGCUUCUGCUACCAUGAACGACUGUCAGUUGCUGGAAACUGUCGCAUGUGUCUUGUGGAGAUAGAGAAAGUUCCAAAGCCUGUGGCAGCUUGUGCCAUGCCUGUCAUGAAAGGCUGGAACAUUUUAACCGAUUCUGACAAAACAAGGAAGGCGAGAGAGGGUGUAAUGGAGUUCCUGCUAGCUAACCAUCCUUUAGACUGUCCCAUUUGCGAUCAAGGAGGUGAAUGUGAUCUACAGGACCAGUCCAUGCAGUUUGGCAGCGACAGGAGUCGGUUCACCGAGGGCAAAAGAGCUGUGGAAGAUAAAAAUAUGGGCCCCCUCAUAAAAACUAUUAUGACUCGCUGUAUCCAGUGUACUCGCUGUGUGCGCUUUGCCAGUGAGAUUGCAGGUGUAGAGGACCUUGGCACCACUGGUAGAGGCAACGACCUGCAGAUUGGGACCUAUGUGGAAAAAAUGUUCAUGUCAGAGUUAUCUGGAAAUAUUAUUGAUAUAUGCCCAGUAGGAGCCCUGACGUCAAAACCAUAUGCUUUCACCGCCCGCCCUUGGGAAACCAGGAAGACUGAAUCCAUUGAUGUUCUGGAUGCUGUGGGAAGUAACAUUGUGGUGAGCACUCGUGGUGGUGAGGUAAUGAGAAUCCUGCCACGUCUUCAUGAGGAUAUUAAUGAGGAGUGGAUCUCAGACAAAACCAGGUUUGCUUAUGAUGGACUUAAGAGACAGAGACUUACUCAACCAAUGAUGAAAAAUGAGAGAGGACAGCUUGUCCCCACAUCCUGGGAAGAUGUGUUGAGCAGAGUAGCUGAAGCAGUGCAAGGAGUUAAAGGAAGUGAUGUUGCUGCUGUUGUAGGGGGUUUGGUGGAUGCAGAGUCUCUUGUUGCUCUGAAAGAUUUGCUAAACCAUUUGAAUAGUGACAACCUCUGCACUGAGGAGAUGUUCCCUAUGGCUGGAGCUGGAUCUGACUUGCGCUCAAACUAUAUUCUGAACACUGGCAUCGCCGGCAUUGAAGAAGCUGACUUACUGCUGCUGGUAGGCACUAACCCACGCUAUGAGGCUCCUCUUUUCAAUGCACGGAUCAGAAAAAGUUGGCUGCACAAUGACUUGCAUGUAGCUCUUGUGGGAAAGGAAGUGGACCUAAGUUACACAUAUGACCAUCUUGGAGAGUCCGCCAAGAUUCUUCAAGAAAUUGCUUCAGGAGCUCAUCCUUUCUCUCAGGUCUUGGCUAAAGCGAAACACCCUGUUGUUGUAGUUGGCAGCAGCUGCCUGCAGAGAGAGGAUGGGGCUGCGAUAAUGACUGCUGUUUCAACCAUUGUUCAGAAUGCUCUUGUCAGCAGUGGAGUGGGGGAAACUUGGAAGAUCCUGAAUGUUCUUCACAGGGUUGCCAGUCAGGUGGCAGCACUUGAUCUUGGAUACAAACCAGGAGUAGAGACUAUCAGGAAAAACCCACCUAAAGUUCUGUUCCUACUGGGGGCUGAUGCUGGCUGCAUUACUUGCCAAGACCUCCCAGAAGACAGCUUGAUAAUUUAUCAAGGUCACCAUGGUGAUGUGGGUGCAUCAAUGGCUGAUAUCAUACUUCCUGGAGCUGCAUAUACCGAAAAAUGUGGUACCUAUGUGAACACCGAAGGCCGUGCCCAGCAGACUAAAGUUGCUGUGACUCCUCCAGGCAUGGCCAGGGAGGACUGGAGGAUCAUCAGAGCCAUAUCUGAGCUUGCUGGAGUGACUCUGCCAUAUGACACUCUUGAUGAGGUGCGCCACAGACUGGCAGAGGUUUCGCCAAAUCUGGUCCGAUAUGACGACGUAGAGGAAGCCAACUACUUUAAGCAGGCCAGCGAGCUGUCUAAGGCAGUGAACCAAGCUGUCCUAUCUGAACCUUUAGUUCCUCCACAGCUUACUGUGAAGGACUUCUACAUGACAGAUCCUAUAAGCAGAGCAUCGCAGACCAUGGCAAAAUGUGUGAAAGCUGUAAAAGAAGGGGCACAAGCCGUGGAUGAGCCAGCCAUAUGCUAAAACACAGUGGAAAUUCUUCUGAAAAAUGAUACGCACAACUCCUAUAUUUGCACAUUCCUAGAAGCAUAUUUGCACCUGUAUUUUAUCGUAACAGUGUUUUACUACAGAGAAUACCUAAUACAUUUUUAUUAUGUUACCAACAUACCUACAGAAAUAUACUUUCAGGGUUGAAUAUCCAGAUACGCACUCUGAGCAGUUUCACCUGAUAUUGAUCCUAAUAGUGAUAUUUUAGGAACUGUGACCAAAGAUUUAAAAUCUGAAUGCUCAGAUGGUGAAAUUAAUCUUCCUGUAUAAUUGCCAGCAUCAUAAAUAUUAACAAUAUAUUUUAUUUAAGAAAAUUGAGUAGAUCAUUUUAUUAAAUGGAGUUAUUUGUAAAUGUGACAAAAGAUAAUAAACCAAAUUUGUGUAGCAACCCUU